AUGACCGACGAAGCCCUCAUUUCCAAAGAUGCACCAUCGCGCAAACUACCAAUGCGCGUCCUCGUCCUCGGGCUGCCACGCACCAACACAUCCUCCCUGAUCUCCGCACUCCGGACCCUAGGCUACCACCCCUACACGAUGCGCUCGCUCGUCACAGACCCAACGCACAUCGCCGUCUGGCAAGAAGCGGUACACUCGACACAGCACGCCUCCGGUCUCCCCCUACCCAUCAACGACAUCCUCUCCGACUACGACGCCAUUGCCGACCUGCCGGGGUGCAUGUUUGCCGAGCAACUCAUCACGGCGUACCCGCGCGCCAGAGUCGUCUUGACGACGCGCGCGUACCGCGAGUGGGAGAAGAGCAUGCGCGAGAGUAUCUGGGUGCUGUUUACCUGGCGGCUGUUUGAGCUCUGCAGACUCACUGGAUUGAGUAGGAUGGCGCCGCUGAUCAGGCUUCUGCACGCGCUGUUUGGCGUGCAUAACGGAAAUGUGUAUGGUGGGUAUGAGACGAGGAGGGCGUACGAGAGGCACAAUGAGAGGGUGAGGGAGCUUGUGUCGAGGGAGCAGCUGUUGGAGAUUGACGCCGAGGAUGAAAGUGGGUGGGAUGAGCUGUGUGGGUUUUUGGGCGAGGAACGGCCCGAGGUCGAGUACCCGAGGUUCAAGGAGGAGACGGCGAUGCGUGCUGGGCUGGAACAGACGUGGUUCUCCAUGGCGAGAUACCUGGUGCUGAUGGUUGUGCUGCCGGGUGCGGUAUUCAUCAUGGGAACGGCGCUGUACACAUACGCGGAUGAUCUGGUUGCUGCUAGGGAUCAGUGGAUUCUUGCUCCGUUGAAGGGGUAUCUGAACUCGUAG